CACUCCCUUCUCCUUUACCAAACUCCAGCGAAGCACCGCCCAAUAAAGAAACUGAAACAAAACACAGCAGCAGACUUUCCUUUCUUUGAAUUCACUCUGAUCCCAGUUCCUAUUUCGAUCCUGAUCCUUCCAUGGGCUGUUACUCUGCGCGAUUGUUCGGGAGACGGAGAACCGUACACCAAGUAUUGGGAGGAGGUUUCAUUGCAGAUGUGAUCCUGUGGAGGAGAAGAGACGUCGCAAUCGGGUUAUUGACAGGGACGCUUGCGGCUUGGGUUUUGUUCCGAUUCUCUGGAUAUACUCUGCUCUCGCUGCUGUCUAACGUUCUGCUGCUCUUGUUCUCUAUUCUCUUCGUCUGGGCCAAGUGCGCGGAGAUCCUCAACAGGCCACCUCCGCCCAUACCAGAGUUGUACCUCCCCAGAGAAAUUGCGUACGAAGCGGUGGUUUUCUUGCAUUCUAAGGUUAAUGCUAUAUUGUCGGGAUCUUACGACAUUGCACUCGGAAAGAACUCGAAGCUUUUCCACAGAGUAGCCGUGUGCCUCACAUUGAUCUCUGUUGUAGGAAACCACACUGAUUUUCUCACGUUCGCCUGCUCCGGCCUGGUUGUUCUGCUCACAAUACCCGUGUUAUAUGAGAAGCAUGGAGGUACAAUCGACAGACUCGUUAUAUUGGCGCUAAUAAAGCUGCACAUGUAUGAGCUAGUGUAUGAAGAGUGCUUUCGCAGGGCUAAGGAAUGGAUCGUCGAAGAACUGAAGGAAAGCUGAUGGUGUUGAAUUAAUGUGUUCGCCGGUCGUUAGGCUUUGAGAUUUUUUCAGGAAGUAAUUCCUUUGUUUGGUUUUGCGUGCGGUCCGUGGUAGUACCUGUUGAAUUAACCACUUCGUUUGUGUAGGACAGGAAGUCUGGGGAGUUUCUUUCGUCAUCUCCUCUGCGUAGCUACUCGUGUGAGUGUAGGCUCGCAUUCGUUGUAAAAUUGUGAGUGAGUUAUAAAUUGACAUUCUUUUUUAGUUCAGUUGAAGAGCGAUGUUCAAGUCUGUGUAUGUACAACUAUCUUAGGAAAUGAAGGUUGGAUUGUUUUUUUGAGACA